AUGAUGCAAUCUGCCGGUAAACGAUUGGUGUCCCGGGUUGCCCUGCGGGGUGCUCGACACUCCAUUGCCAAGAGCGCCACCCAGCUCUCUGCCAAGCCCCUGGCUCUGGCUAAGGCUGUACCUUCCGCUCGAUCUGUUCACACCACUGCUCCUGCUCUUCAGGUCAAGCAGACUGCCGAGUGGUACAGGACUGAGACCCGAGGCGACUAUGCUCGACUCAGCGAGGCCGACAUUGAGCAUUUCAAGACCAUUCUGCCCGAAAACGGUCUGGUGACCGACGUAGAGGACAUUGAGAUGUUCAACACUGACUGGAUGCGAAAGUUCCGUGGACAGACUCAGCUGGUGCUCAAGCCUACUUCUGCCGAGCAGGUGUCCAAGAUUCUGUCGUACUGCAACGACAAGAAACUGGCGGUGGUGCCCCAGGGAGGAAACACCGGUCUGGUGGGUGGAUCUGUGCCUCUGUACGAUGAGAUCAUCCUGUCGCUUAGCAACAUGAACAAGGUACGGUCCUUUGACAAUGUUUCUGGAAUCCUUGUUGCUGAUGCUGGCGUCAUUCUCGAGGCUGCAGACAUGUAUCUGGCCGAACAGGGCUUCAUGUUCCCUCUGGAUCUGGGAGCCAAAGGCUCGUGUCACAUUGGAGGAAACGUGGCCACCAACGCCGGAGGUCUGCGUCUUCUGCGAUACGGCUCUCUUCACGGCUCCGUCCUCGGUCUCGAGGUUGUGCUUGCCAACGGAAAGGUUGUCAACAUGCUGUCCAAGCUGCGAAAGGACAACACUGGCUACGAUCUCAAGCAGCUCUUCAUUGGCUCCGAGGGUACUCUUGGUGUGAUUACCGCCGUCUCUAUUCUGUGUCCCCAGCGACCUGCUGCCAAGAAUGUGGCAUACCUGGCCGUUGAAUCGUACGAGAAGGUCCAGCAGGCCUUCAUUGCCGCCAAGAAGGAUCUCGGUGAGAUUCUGUCUGCGUUUGAGCUCAUGGACGGCCGAUCUCAGGGCUGGGUCCAGCAGCAUUGCGACCUGACCCGACCGGUCGACACUGAGAGCCCCUUCUUCAUUCUCAUUGAGACCGCCGGCUCCAACAAGGAGCAUGAUGAUGCCAAGCUCGAGGCUUUCCUGGAGGACGUGAUGGAGCAGGAGAUUGUCUGCGACGGAGUGGUUGCCAGCGACGAGACUCAGUUCCAGAACCUGUGGGCAUGGAGAGAGCGAAUUACCGAGGUCAUUGGCAAGGAGGGUGGUGUCUACAAGUACGACAUUUCUAUUCCUCUGCCCCAGCUGUACAACAUUGUCGACGACCUGCGAGCCGUUUUCGAGAGCAAGGACAUGAUCUCCAAGACGGACGCAUCCAAGCCCGUGGUUGAUGUCAUUGGUUACGGCCAUGUUGGAGACGGUAACCUGCAUUUGAACAUUAUGACUCGAGAGUACUCUGAGCGAAUUUCUCAGGUCCUCGAGCCCUGGAUCUACGAGUGGGUAUCCAAGGUCCACGGCUCCAUCUCUGCCGAGCACGGUCUUGGUCUCAUCAAGAAGCAUUUCAUCCAGUACUCCAAGGACGAGGACAAUGUCUAUCUGAUGAAGCAGCUCAAGAACGCCUAUGACCCUAACCACAUUCUCAACCCCUACAAGUACAUUUAA